ACAAAGAACGAAGACACCGGUGUACGGCAAUGUCCGCCAUGUACAGGUACACCAGAUAGUCAAGCAUUCAGGUAGCACCAUGGACGCCAUCAUUAAGAAGUAUGACUUGAAGAAGGGCACCGAGGCCCUGCAGGAGAAGAUGGAGGAGGAACUGAGUGACUGGACAUCCGAGAAUCUGGAGGGAACAGUGAACAAGAAGAUGGUUCUGAACGCACUGACCGUCCUGCAGGGGAAGGUGUGUGUGGCGGACUUCCCAACAGAGGACUCGCCCGCAGGAUCCAUGGCCAUGACUGCCUUCGAAAACAUCUCAACCUGCAUAACGUUUGUCAUCGAUGAAAACCAGGGAAAACCCAAAGAAUUCUUUGACCCAUUGCUCGACUUCGUCCUGAAGUUGAUCACAUGUGGACCCGGCACCACGCACCUUAAACUCAUCAGGGAGGUGUACGGUGUCAGCGACUUCCAAGACUACUGCCACACGCUGAAAGCCGAACAGGUGAAGAAAAUCUUGACGGUGUGUAAGAGAGAGUACAAGACGAAAGAAAAGAUUGACUAUGAGGACUAUACCAGUGAGGUCAGGAAUAACAUGACCUAUGUUCUAGACGAUGGAUUCACUGACGAGCAGUGUGUGGCCAACAGGGCGGAGUUUCUGGACCUGUACAUGUACUUUCAAUUUGGCUUCCAAGACCGGAAGGAGGAGGAGAGAGAGAUGAUGUCUAAUAUGGCUGAGUGGAUAAACAGACACUUUGAUAGCAAGCCGCUCCAGGGAGUGACUGACAAGGCAGCGUAUGUGGUGUUCCUGACUCGCCUGCAGGAGAUGGUAAUGGACAAAUCCUUCCCAAGGGAUACGAGUGCCGUUGAUAGUAUCGAAAGUGGACUCUCAACGUUCUUUGAGGCCAUAAAUGACGCAGAAAAUAUUAAGGACCUUUACAGCGAAAUCAUCGACUUUGCAGCUGAGAUUAUUGACAAGAAAGCCGGAAAACCCGUGCAUAAGUUGGUGGAAGCUGUGGGCUAUUACUUCUACCAUGUGGAAGAGAGUCUUGUUAAGGGCAAGGUGAAGAUGUUUGCGGGCGUAUGCAAGAAGCUGACAGAGAUUGUGGAACAAGCUAAAGACCAAACAUUCUUGGCUAUCAGAUUUGUGGAUGCAGUCGUUUCAGAAGUGCUUGUUAAAGCAAUGGGCAAAACCCCUGACCAUGUCACACUUCUUAUCAAUCUGAUCAAAGCUCUAAUCAAAGUCCCUCUGAUGACGACCGUAGGGGCGGCGAAGACGGCAUUGUCUGAGCAGGAAACGGCUCUCAAAUGGAAGGAACAUGUAGAAGAAGCCAAGGCAAUUUUUGUGGCCGUCAGUCAAGUAAAGGUCCCUGAGUCGGAUGACCGUGAGGACAUCUUGGAUGCGUACACAUCGUUUACAGGCAGCUUCCUGGAUCAGAUCAAGAUUGCACGAGUCCAGGAUAAGAUCCAUGACACUAUGGUCGUCUUUCUUCUCGGCAUCGUAGAGAAGAAGAAUGAAUCCCUGUACAGUCUUGGUUAUGGGUUGGUGGACCGAACCGAGUUUGAUGCUAAAAAAGAUAAGGACUUGUUGAUGAAAGUGUUCCGGGCGAUUGACACUGCCCUGAAAGACGACAGUUACCCCUGGCUUGAAAACACAGACUUCUCAGGCAUUAUAAAUUAUUUAUCGCAAAAUGCCGUAAGUGGUAUAAAGGCCGGGAACCUGCUGACUAAAGACGACUACAGCGUGCUGGUCUCCAUCGUCAACAGGGUUGUGAAGAAGGACUUCUACCACCCAUACACGGGGGAGCCAGGCAGCGUCUACUUCAGCGUCUACACCACUGUUGCUAUGGCAGUGUUAAGCAAGUUGGACGAAAUAAACAAGAUGGAGUGGGCGGCACCCAUGCUUGGAGGGAUCAUUGAUCUACUGAAGCACGAAGACGAGUCUGUCCGAGAGAUGACAGGUUCCAUGCUUCAAACUGUAUGCAUUAAAUCUGGAUUAGUGCUGGCUCCAUACGUAGACAAGUUAGUCCGCAGUUAUUUCGAAGAUGAAAAGUUCUAUAUGCUUCAGCCCAUUGUGUCCAUCUACCCAGAGAAGCCUGGUCCUAUCAACAAAGAAUUUCAGAAGUUUAUGGCACAGUAUAACACCAGCGAUUCCUUGAACAAGACGUACUUGGUGCAACUGUUCACAGCCGUGGCCAAACUACACCCUGAGAUGUUCACGGAGAGGAAUUUGGAAGAUCUUUGGAGCAAUGCUAAGAAGGAUCCGACUAUGGCCGUACAAAUAAUCAUGGUUCUGGAAGACGUGGCCAAAAAGCACCCAGAAAUAGUUGGAAAACUCCUCCCACUACUGGCAGUCCACAACGACAUUGUAGACUACGCCAAACCGAGUCUGAUGAAUGUCUUCAAGCAAGUCGGAGUCAGAUCAGAGAAAUAUGCUGAAGCCGUUUUAGAUCUGUACGUGAAGAUAUUAAAUGGCCGUGAAGAGCAGACAUUGUUCCUGUGUGUACUGGACGGCAUGCGGAAUGUUGGGGGAAGGCAUGUACCCCUGCUGACCAAACACAGAGCUGUCUUGGAAAAGGUGCACGCCAGAGCACAAAUACAAUACACCAAAGAUGGAAUCACAGGUUUAAUAGACAUCAUGGAAGGAAGGAGUCUGGCAGCCUUAUCUGGUGAUAUCAAGGAGACGCAGGAUGAUGUAAAGGAAAUCGACACCAAGGUCACUGAUACUCAGAAAAAUGUCAAGGUCGUCACGAAGGAGGUAGACAAGCAGAAGAAGGAAAUAAAGACAGUGAAGAAGGAUGUGAAAACCCAGGGAAAGAAGAUUGUUGCUCUGGAGGAGACGGUGGACGAAACUGUGGCCAAGGUGGAAGAAAUAGAUGGCAAGACCCUGAGUCAUGCUCCCUUCUGGUCCAGAGAUGUCUCCAAGCUUCUCAACCCCAAGGGGGACCACGACUGGAGGUUGCUGUCAACUCGCCUGGGUUACAACAACGACGACAUCCGAGGCUGGGCCCAGCAACAUGAUCCCUGUAUGGCCCUGUUGAAUGAGUGGUACGCCACACGUAAAACCAGCGAGGCUUCCUAUGCUGUGUUGACGGCUCUACAAGAGAUGAACCGGAUGGAUGCCGCCUCUAUUGUGGAGAAUGCUAUGAAGAUGGCAGAGACUGUAGUCGAGGAUGACCCUUUCGAGUAUGCCUCCCCUCCAGUCGUCUUCAUUAGCUACCAGUGGGGAAUCCAGAACGAGGUUAAGCUGCUGAAGCGCCAUCUGGAGAUGGCGGGCUACGAAUGCUGGAUGGACAUUGGUCAGAUGGGAGGAGGAGACAAGCUGUUUGAGAAGAUUGACCAGGGAAUCAGGGGAUCCAAAGUUAUCAUCAGCUGUGUGACGCCGAAAUAUGCAAAGUCGCCCAACUGUAACAGGGAGGUAAAUUUGUCAGUGAGUAUGGGUCGCCCCAUCCUCCCCCUCCUGAUGGAGAAACAGACAUGGCCACCAGCUGGCUCCAUGGGCCCCAUCUUCAGCGAGUACCUGUUCAUCCGCUUCUUCACUCGGCCAGGAGAGGAGACUGGGGAUGACAGAUACUGGUCGGCGGCCAAGUUCCAGGAGCUUCUCAUGCAGCUCAACUACAACGGCAUCGUGCCAGAUGAGGCCAAGGUCAUGAAAGAAUAUAAAAGGUGGUGGACCCCUGUUGUUGAAGAUAUCAAGAUAGACAAGAAAAAGGCAGGGAGCAAAGGGGAGAAAUCUCAAACUACAGAGGCAACAGAGGUGGCUGUCGUGUCCCCUGACGUGUUCAUCUCCUACCAGUGGGGCAAACAGAAGCAGAUCAUUCUCCUCUACCGACGUCUUACCAGCCUCGGCUUCUCCUGUUGGAUGGACAUUCACCAGAUGGGAGGAGGGGACUCCCUCUAUGACAAGAUCGACCGGGGAGUGCGAGGCUGCAAGAUCAUACUCAGCUGUAUAACCACCAAGUAUGCCCUGUCUGCCAACUGCCGGAGGGAGGUCAGUCUGGCUGAUGCCCUGAAGAAGCCAAUAGUUCCUCUGUUACUGGAGAAGAUAACAUGGCCUCCUUCUGGUCCCAUGAGCAUGGUGUUCACUCAGCUUCUCUACAUCAACUUCUCCAAGGACGAAAGUGUACAAGAGAAAUGGUCAGGCAAGGAGUUCGAUGAAAUGGUUGACAAAAUCAACAACCAUAUGCCAGCGUUGACGGAAGGUGGAACACGCAAAUCAGAAGCUGAGAAAUCAAAAACACCUCCUUCAGGCAACGGCACCAGUUCAAAAACACAAUCUAACCAGCCUUCAAAAAAGAAUGAAAAGGUCACCCCAGUCAAAACCGUCCCAACACCAGCGCCAGCCUCCGCCCCAGCCCCUGCCUCAGAAAAGCAACCUAAACCACAAAACCCAACCUCAGAUGAGAAGAAGUCGAAAUCUUGUACAAUUAUUUAGUGGCCCAUCAGAACAUUUCAUGUAUGUCAAACCAAAUCUCCAUAAAAUCAGAUCUUAGUUCUUGCUAUCACUCAGCAAAGAUCUGAGGACAUUCCAUUACAGGUCGCAGGCAAACUUCGACCGACCAAUGAAAUGACUAUUAAGAAGUCGACAUCAGCCAAUCAGAAAGAAGCUUUCUCGAACUUUACGGCACUAGUUUCAAACUGACGACAUCCAUUCAAGACUUUCGUUUGAAAAAUAUCGAAUCAAAAUAUUAAAACUAAACAAAAGAAUAUUCAGGAAUGUCUCACAGAUGGUGGGGAUUGUAUGACAGUACUUCCCACCGCCUGUGCAAAGUUUCUUCCCUUCAAAUGUUUAUUUCAUGAAAGAGAAAGAUAAACUAUGGUUUUGGCGGAAUUAGUCGUACAAUCCGCAACUGUCAUUCGGAAUAUCCCGUGUUAACCUUUUCGAUGUUGCGAAAUUAGAAAACGCAUUCUGACUGUCACUUUCUCGAUCUGUAAGCGAAUCUCUGAUUGGUCGGAUCAAAGGUCGUUCAGACGUGACCCGCAAUGGGAUAUUUUCAGAUCUUUGUCAAACCAGUUGUGACACUUUGAAGCAAAUGUGUAUCAUGUAGUAUUAUUUGAAGAACUGUUGAGUUUUCUUGGACUGUAUGUUAAUGAGAUCAAAUGUCACGGCGCCUGUCCAUCCGUGGUAAGACUUUACAUUCGGUAUCUCCAAAGAAACGUACAAAGAUGCAAGACGCUAAAAGUGUUCACGUACCCUCUUGGAACACCACUUACAGGAUUGUUUAUACACGUGUAAACAUCAUUGUCACUUGGGCGUUUUGUGAGUGAGUGAGUGAGUGAGUGAGUAUGGGUUACGCCGCGUUUAGCAAUAUUCCAGCAAUCACACGGCGGGGGACACCAGAAAUAGGCUUCACACAUUGUACCCAUCUGGGGAAUCGAACCCGGGCAUUCGGCGUGACGAGCGAGCGCUUUAACCACCACGAUUUCCCACCGUCACUUUGAGCGUUUAGAAAUGUGUACCGAGCAAUUUCUGAACUCUUCAUUGUGAAACUUCAUAUGAAAUAAUAUCUGGUAUGUGCAAUAACAUACGGUACGUUUAUUCGGAGUGUUCGGAAGUAAUUGUUCGUAACAAUGAAAACAUGAGACAAUUGUCUUGAAAUAGCCAAUCAGCAUGAAACAAUAUACUUAUGCUCAAUGAGAAUUGCUGAAAAUAUGUUCGCCGCUAUCCGUGCCCCUGUGAGUAAUAUGUAUCGGUUGUACAAGUACAAUGUGACCUCCAAUGCACCAUGGCUGUGCAUUGGCAAUACGUCUGUGAUAUAAUCAUAUGUACUUCCACAUUGUCUUUUUCAAUAUAGCCGAUGAAAUGCAUCUUCUCCAGGCAAGAGAGUUAACUGACUUUAAAAGUCCAGUUUCCACCCUUGCCGAACUAGGGUGGAAUUCCUGGGCUCGAUCGUAGCGCCACCAGUGGUUAUUAUGAGUUAUGUACCUUCUGAGCCUCUCCUAUGGAUCAAUCCGAUUUCAUCACUUGCACUUGUUUCAAACAAAAUGGCGGCACCCAGUCAAGACGAUCUGAUCGUUAUCAAGAUCUAUAUUGUGACAAAACGGGUCUUACAUCGCGAAGUGCAUCAAAUCACGCGAGCACCUUGAUUAAAAACA